CAAAGUCAUGCAAAGCAAUUAGCCGAACGUAAUGCCAUGGGUGAAUUCGAGGAUGCUUGGGACGACGAGAUUGAAGAAGAGUCCGAAAAUGAGGAAGGCAUGGAGGAAGAAGAGGAGGCUGGUGAAGGUAAAAAAAAAAGAAAAAAGAAUAGUAAUAAUAAGUUGAAGUUGUAUCUUCCGGGGCAACCCUUGGAAGAGGGUGAGGUUUUGGAGGCUGAUCAGUCUGUCUAUGUAAUGCUCCACAACCUUGACGUUCGUUUGCCUUUUCUCAGUUUCGAUGUUUUGGAGGAUAAGUUGGGUGACGAGCGAAAGAAUUUCCCUGCUACUGCAUUUGUAGCAGCUGGUACCUCUGUUCCCGGUGUACGCGACAACGAGAUUUUGGUUAUGAAGAUGUCUAACCUCCACAAGACACAACAGCAUGAUUCUGACGAUGAAGAGGAUCCUGAUGCUCUUGAUGAAGAUCCAGUGCUGGAGUAUAAGUCUAUCCCCCACGUUGGUUGUGUAAACCGUUUGAGAGUGAUGCCCCAGCAAAAGGAUAAUCAUAUUGCAGCAACCUGGUCAGAGACUGGUAAGGUUCACAUUUGGGAUCUCUCUCCUUAUAUGAACAACUUGAGUGUUCCUACUACUCCUCUGCCAAAGACUGCAAAACCUCUUUAUACUGUGCACAACCACGGACGUGAAGAAGGUUAUGCUCUUGAUUGGUCCCCUCUGGAUACUGGCCGCCUUUUGAGUGGUGACAACAAUGGUUUAAUCUACCAUACAACUGUUACUGCCUCUGGAUGCAACACCGAUUCGGUUGCUUUUAAAGAACACAAGUCUUCAGUUGAAGAUCUCCAAUGGUCUCCUUCUGAACGUAAUGUGUUUGCUUCUUGUUCAUCUGAUCAGACUGUCAAGAUCUGGGAUACUCGUAACAAAAAGCGUUCUGCAGUAAGCAUUCGUGCCAGCGGUUCGGACGUAAACGUAAUUACAUGGAACAAGAAAGCAAGCUACUUGCUUGCUAGUGGUCAUGAUGAUGGUGUAUUCAGCGUCUGGGAUCUUCGUAUGUUCAAAGGUGGGCCAGGUGCAGGACCUUCUCCAGUUGCUACUUUCAAAUGGCACACUGCUCCCAUUACCUCAAUUGAGUGGCAUCCUACCGAGGAGUCGGUCUUGGCUGUAUCUGGCGAUGAUGACCAGUUGACACUCUGGGAUCUCUCUGUUGAGCCCGACACUGAAGAAGAAGGCAGACUGACUAGCAAUGGUGUUGAGAUUCCUCCUCAGCUUCUAUUCGUUCAUCAGGGCCAGUCUCAGAUCAAGGAACUUCAUUGGCACAGACAGAUUCCCGGAUGUGUUCUCAGCACAUCAAACUCUGGUUUUAAUAUCUUCAAGACUAUCUCC